AUUGACUUAGAAAACAUGAAACUGGCUGCUUUCUUUCUGUCCCUCCAACUGUGGGCAACUGUGGAUGUUUCUCUGUCGCUGGAUGUGUGUUCAAAGGUCCCAGACAUUCCUCACAGCCAUGUAUCAGAGGGAACCAAAAAGUCUGAGUAUCAAGAAGGAGACGUGAUCCACUUCUCGUGUGACGCAGGCUACAUAGCAGAUCUAACCUCUAAAUAUGUAUGCACCAGUGAAGGCUGGCUGGUGAUUCGUCGGGGAACGUGCUACUCGUGCGCUACACUGCCAGAAGUUCCUCACGCUCACGUGGCAGAGGAGACCAGAAGAGAUGAGUAUCGUGAAGGAGACAUGGUUCACUUCACCUGUGAUCUGGGCCACUGGCCAGAGCUCAUCAUAAAAUAUGUGUGCACAAGCGAGGGCUGGCUGGCAGUCCGCCGAGGAUCCUGCAGUGCAGCUCCUGUGGACUGUGGGAAUCCUCCACCUCUUGACAAUGGUGACACCACAGAAACUCUGAAAAACCGCUACAGCCAUGAUGAAAGGGUUGAAUUCAGAUGUCAGAAUUAUCAUGUCAUGGAGGGUGAACCAUUCAAAACCUGCGUCAAUGGAGAAUGGAGUGGAGACAUGAAAUGCCUCAAACCAUGCACAGUGAACAAAAAUUCAUUGAAUAAUCAUAAUAUUAGGUUUAAAUAUACCUACAUGAAUAAGCUGUACGCUGAACACAAUGAUGAAAUGGAGUUUGCAUGCAAAAGCGGAAGUCCUGUAGCAGGAAGCCACAUGCGAGUGAGAUGUCUCGACGGGGAGAUUCGCCUGCCAACCUGCCAGUGAAGAUUGGAAAAGCUCUCGGUGGCAUGAACACACAGGAAUAAUGUUUC